GUACUGUGUUUGUUGGACUGUAGUGUAUGUGGAUGCAGUGACACAGCGUACCGGUAGAAGGCUCGGCAGUAGUUAGCUGCAGUAUGCUAGUUAAAGAGCUGCUGUGGCGUUAAGGAGCUACAUGAGCUACAUUAUACACAUUAAACAUUCAAAGUGAGACCUAGCCAUGUCUCAGGUGGAGAAGAAGGCAGGUUUGCUGAGGAGGACAUCAUCCUCCAAGAAACCACUUAAGGAGAAGGUGGUGUUGAUGUAUGAUGAGAUAUUUGCAAAAGAGGACCCAGCUAAGAAUAAUCCUCGCUUCUGGGAUGAGCUCUUUCUGAUGAAGGUGAAUUUGGAGUACCUGGAGUCAAAGCUGGAGAAUGUGGAUGGCGAGGAGGUGCAACGGGUCCAGGACAACAUCAACUCUCUCUUCCAUCACAGCGUUCAGGCUCUCGGAGAGGAGCAUCAGAUCAAAGUGGUCAAUGCCCUGCAGACUCUAUGUGCACUUUUCCGAGGAGUUCAUCAGAAGAACAAAUCAGCGUCUGGCUUUGACAUUAUUAAUAUGCUUGUGGGCUUUGACAAGGCUGAGCAAAGAAUGAAGGACUUAAUGGAAAGACUGGACAGCCUCCUUUGUGGAGAUGGCUCAGAGAGUCUGAAGAGCCUUUGUCUCAAACUUCUUCUGUGUUUGGUGACGGUAACAGACAAUAUUAGUCAGAACACCAUCUUGGAAUAUGUGAUGAUCAACAGCAUUUUUGAAGCCAUUCUGCAGAUUCUUUCUGAUGUGUCCAGUAGAGGGCAGCAUGGUUAUGACGCUGUCGUUCUUCUGGCUCUACUGGUCAAUUACAGGAAAUAUGAGUCUGUUAAUCCAUAUAUUGUAAAGCUCUCCAUUGUGGAUGAUGAGCCAACACUGGAUGGAAUGGGGCUUGUGGUCCACCAUGCUCUAACAGAGUAUAACAGGCAGUAUAAAGACAAAGAGGAAGAGCACCAGGGGGGCUUCUUCUCCACCCUCACUAGUAUGGUGGGCAGCAUGUUUAUAGCAGAUGCAGAUGAGAAACUCUCUGUUCAGACCAAUGAGGCAAUUUUGCUGGCACUGUAUGAGGCUGUGCACCUCAACCGCAACUUCAUCACUGUUUUAGCACAGAGCCACCCUGAGAUUGACAUUGUAGCUACGCCGACUAACCAACCGCAGACCACACCGACUACUCCGCUUGGCACAACGCCACCCUCUCUAGACAUGAUGAACAAUCCAGAGCUGCCACUGGAUCCAAACCUGCAGACAAGCAACCUUCUUAUCACCUUCCUCAAGUAUGCCUCAAUUGUAAUGCAGGAUACUAAAGAUGAGCAUCGACUCAACAGUGCCAGACUUUGUCUAAUCAUCCUCACAUGUAUAGCUGAGGACCAGUAUGCUGAUGCCUUUCUGCACGAUGACAAUAUGAACUUCAGAGUCAGUCUUCAUAGAAUGCCCAUGAGGCACAGAAAGAAAGCCGUGGAAAAGAACAUUCCUUGUCUUCCGCUGGUGUGUGCAGUUCUAGAUCUAAUGGUAGAAUUUAUUGUCACACACAUGAUGAAGGAUUUCCCCAUGGAUUUAUACUUGCGCUGUGUUCAGAUCAUUCACAAACUUCUCUGCUACCAGAAGAAGUGCAGAAUCAGGUUACACUACACUUGGAGAGAGCUAUGGUCAGCGCUCAUCAAUCUGCUCAAGUUUCUGCUGUCAAAUGAAUCUACGUUGCUGGCCAAGCACAACAUCUUUCAUCUGGCUCUGCUGGUGGUGAACCUGUUCAACAUGUUCAUUACAUAUGGUGAUACAUUUCUGCCAACGUCUAAUAGCUAUGAUGAGCUCUACUAUGAGAUUGUACGAAUGCACCAAGUGUUUGACAACCUCUACUGUAUGGUGCUGAGAGUGUCGACAAACACUGGCCAAUGGAAGGAGGCUGCGAGUAAAGUCACACAUGCCCUCGUGAAUGUUCGGGCAAUCAUCAACCAUUUUAACCCCAAGAUUGAGUCAUAUGCCGCUGUGAACCACAUUUCUCAACUGUCAGAAGAACAGGUGUUGGAGGUGGUGCGCUCCAACUACGACACCCUGACACUCAAACUGCAAGAUGGUUUGGACCAGUUUGAGCGAUAUGCGGAGCAGCCCAAAGAAGCGGCCUUCUUUAAGGAGCUGGUGCGCUCCAUCAGCCUGAAUGUGAGGAAGAACGUGUCUCUGAACACGCUGAGUCAGGAUGUGCUUCUCAAAGAGUUCUCCACCAUCUCCUGAGAAGAAUCCUGACGCACGACAGUGGCCCGGCGCACACGCCAACCAUUUUGAACAUGCCCUCUUCAUUCUUCUUGGAAGAUUGGAACUUCUCUCGUGGGCCGGAAGAUCUUUUCACAAGGUCGGCUGUACAGUGCGUUGCGGGCUCGGGUGUUGCUUCUCGUGCACAAGCUGCAGUAUUGGAUGGACUGUUAACAGGCGAGAAUGUUUGGAUUCCACAUAGUAUGAAGAUUUUUUUUUUUUUUUAACCCAGUGGUUGUGCCGCCUGCUGUGCUUAAUUUAUUUCUCCACUUCUUGCUUCAUGUUCUGUACAUCUUCAGUUAAUUACAUUUCACGUCAUUUCACUUGACAUAUUUUGCUGAUACGCCAGGGAUGAAGUUGACGCUUUGGAGCUACCAAAAGAAAGCCAUGACUAACUACUGUAUACUGUCAUUUCUUACUUAAGUUGGGUGAAACUGAAUAUAGUGAAGUUUUUUUUCUUUUUUUUUUUGAUGGGGGGCUAAAUAGGUAUGUGUUAUUCUCACAUGGAUUCAUUUUUCUUUAAGUUUGACGAAUAAAAAAUAUACUGUCUACA